AGUAAACAUUGCAUUCAUCUAUGCAACCCAAGCACAACUCUUCCUUCUCCGCUCCAUUCUCCUCCAUUCUUUUCAUUCUUCCAAAAAUUUUCAUCUCAAAAUCAUUCAAAGUUUCACCUUAUGAGCUGGUUUGGUAAGCUCCGUUGUUCUUCCAAUCUCAGCACCUUCAUUGCUGGUCUUCUUAUUUUCAUUCUCUAUCAUUCUUUCCAGUUAAUUUCUAAUUUCUUGAUUCCUAUACACCCUUAAUUUUGUUAUUUUUUUUCAAUUUCGAAAUUCUAUUUUUCAAUCGAUUUCGAUUUCAAUUCCAAAAUCUUUCUCUGUCUUUGAUCGCUUCUUUUUCAUCCAUGGAUCAUAAACAAUCAUUCCCCGACAAUUUGAUGGACGACACUAUUUCCUCGCUUAUUAAGAGGAAUAACUCUUCCGCCCCUUCUGUUAUUGUGAUUGGUGCCGGUAUCUCGGGACUUGCUGCUGCCAGGGUUCUCUCUGAAGCAUCUUUUAAGGUGAUCUUGCUGGAAUCGCGGGAUAGACUCGGUGGACGUAUUCAUACGGACUAUUCAUUCGGUUUUCCAGUCGAUAUGGGAGCAUCAUGGCUGCAUGGUGUCUGUAAUGAGAAUCCCUUGGCCCCACUGAUAUGCUCUCUUGGGCUUACAUUAUACCGUACCAGUGGUGACAAUUCUGUGUUAUACGACCAUGAUUUAGAGAGUUACACACUAUAUGAUAUGAAUGGCCAUAAAGUUCCACAACAGACUGUCAUUGAAGUUGGAGAUAUUUUCAAGAGAAUUCUCAAAGAGACAGAGAAGGUGAGGGAUGAACAUUCCAGUGACAUGUCUGUUCUUCAAGCAAUAUCCAUUGUGUUAGAUAGGCAUCCAGAAUUAAGACAAGUAGGACUUGCCCAUGAAGUGCUACAGUGGUACAUAUGUAGAAUGGAAGCUUGGUUUGCAGUAGAUGCAGAUAAGAUAUCACUGAAAAAUUGGGAUCAGGAGGAUGUACUCACUGGUGGACAUGGACUUAUGGUGCAAGGUUAUGACCCUGUAAUUAAAGCUCUUGCAAAAGAUAUUGACAUACGCCUAAAUCACAGGGUUACAAAGGUAUCAAAUGGUCGUAAUAAGGUGAUGGUCACGGUUGAGGAUGGGAGAAACUUUGUUGCUGAUGCUGCUAUUGUUACAGUACCUAUAGGGAUUCUUAAAGCUAAUUUAAUUCAGUUUGAACCAAAAUUGCCUGAGUGGAAGGUUGCUGCAAUAUCAGAUCUUGGUGUGGGCAAUGAAAAUAAGAUUGCCUUACUAUUCGAUAAAGUUUUUUGGCCAAAUGUGGAACUCUUAGGCAUUGUUGCCCCCACUUCUUAUGCUUGUGGUUAUUUUCUUAAUCUUCACAAGGCAACAGGUCAUCCAGUCCUUGUCUAUAUGGCCGCUGGAAGGUUUGCUAAUGACCUUGAGAAGCUAUCAGAUGAGUCUGCUGCAAAAUUUGUAAUGUUGCAGCUGAAGAAAAUGUUUCCGGAUGCAACUGAGCCGGUUCAUUAUCUUUUGUCACGAUGGGGAAGUGACCCAAACUCUCUUGGUUGUUACGCAUAUGAUGUGGUUGGAAUGCCAGAAGAUUUGUACAAGAGGCUUCAAGCACCGUUGGGAAGUAUUUUCUUCGGAGGAGAAGCCGUUAGCAUGGAUCAUCAGGGAUCUGUACAUGGAGCUUACUCAGCUGGAAUUAUGGCUGCUCAAAACUGUCAGAGGCAUCUCUUAAAGCAACUUGGUAACCUCGAGAUGCUUCAACUAGUUUCAUAUAGGCAUGACAUUCGCGAAACUGCAUUUCCCCUUCAAAUCUCCAGGAUUUGAAAUGCUUGAAACUUUAGGUUUUAUUACUUUGUUUUCUAGACUGAUGCCAAACUCCAUAAUCAUGAAUGCUUAAGUAAUUUAUUUUAA